UCGUGAAACUAUUAUUUCAGGUUUGGAAGAAACAUAUAAACCAAGCUGUCGACUUGUUAUUCGAACUGUAUUACACCUCUGAGGAGGAUACAGAUUAUUCCGCUAUCACAUGGUAUUACGCUCUUUGCUUGGAAUUUUUAUUGGAUGCUUCUAUGAAUUUAGAAAGUUACAAUAGCUGUUACGAAUUUUAUACGUUUAUAAAUACCAAAUUGAAAACUUGCGUAUCGCGAGAUCCAACGAGUCUGUUGCAUCUGAACAAUGCUUUACUUAUCUGGCAAUUAAGAAUGAACGUACCACUGAAUUACGAGCUUGUGAAAGAUGUUAACGAAUAUGUAAAGGAUGUCAUAUCUUACAAUUUCUCACAAUUUUAUUGUUCGAUCAAGGGCCUCGAGUCUUAUUUAUUGAUAUUGUAUCGGCGACUCGAUAUCCCUCACUCGUACGAUCUUUUCGAACGAACGUAUUACGCCAAAAAGAUCAUCAAGUUUCUUCACAACGUGAGCAUCUAUUUCCCGUUUGUCAAACCGUUUACAUAUUUCCUGGAAUCUUACAUGAGACUUCUCCGUGGCCGAAAGUCUUCGUCGCAAACUUGCAUGGCGAAAGCGGAAAAAUACGCUAUCGCUCAAGGAAACAAAAUGGUUAUCGCAUGGAUUGAACAGAACAAAAGGACUUGGGAAGUGGAUUUCUUCAACAACAUGGCUGAAUAUUGGGUGGAAUUCGUGGCGUCCUCGGAAGGUAUUCUAUGGCAAGAGAUCCAUUUGCUCAAGCCGAUCGCUUGGUCUACUAUAUUGUACCCGUAUCCACAUCCCAAGUACAAUUAUUGAUCAAUCGAUUUCUUAAUUCUUCUCCCGAUAAUCGCUGGGAAGAGGAAGAGGAUAAAUGGUGAGAGAAAUAGACACGGCGAGUUGUAGCGAAAUAUUUAUUGAUUAAAGAAGGCGUGUUACAGUUUCAGGUUCUAAAAAAAAAAAAAAAAAAACAUAUACACGACGAUCCCCUCGUGUGUACACGAUACUUGGUUUAAAAGUGAACACUCUCGUUCUUUCUCGGUUCGUUUCUCUCGCAAGGCGACCUCCGCGCUUAUUGAACCUCCAGAUCGAUUUUUAGGAAACCUCUCGCGACCGACGAUACCAGUUUUUUUUUUUUCUUUGCGUUUGUACAUCCACGAUAUACUUUAUAAUUAAUUAAUUAAUUAAUUAAUUCGUCUAUCGGCCGAGUACGCCAAGGAUACAAGCUUCCAGUUGAACGAGAUAAAGGAUCGAGGCGAAGUUGAGACGAGUGAUGAGAGAAAGU